UAUUGCAAUUGAGUGAUCAUACGAUAAAUCAUUUGAAAAAAUCAAUAUUAUUAUAUUAUGUCUAGUGGUAUGCAAAAAUCGAUUCAUGAAGAUGAACGUGCAGGAGCAGAAAUUUCAUAUGGAGCUGAAGAAUGCUAUCGUCGAAUUGUAAAGCUCCUGCUAGACUCGGGAUUUCCAAAAGGGUUGCUACCACUUAAAGAACUCGAAGAAUUUGGCUAUGUUUGCAAAACUGGAUUUGCAUGGAUGAAACAAAAAGCCCCUUACGAGCAUUAUUUUACUGAGACGAAAACACUCGUUAGCUACGGAACUGAGGUCACUGCAUAUGUUGAGAAAGGUAAAAUGAAGAAAAUAAGUGGUAUUAAGGGUAAGCAAUUGUUUCUUUGGGUGCCAACGGUUGAGAUGAGUAUUGAAGAUCGUGAUAGAAAGAAGAUUUAUUUCAAGGGACCUGUGGGAAUCGGGAAAUCUUAUCCGAUCACUAUUUUUAUGACCGACGAGGAAAAGGAGAAAGCUAAAAAGUAGUGCGUAAUAUUUUGUUCCUGUCUAUUGUUUGUUGUCGAUCUUCAUUUCUCCGAGUUUUUACUUGAAUAAAAAACGCAUCUCAUGUAUUGGAA